GGCGGCGGCGGCGAGUCUCGGCGAGUCUCGGCGGAUACCCGGCGCUGAGUUAAGAAAAUGAGGCAGAAGGAAGUGUUAACCAAGACCUUCCAAGGCCCAGCCAUUGUCUGUAGAACUCCGACCAGCCACGUUUACAUGUUUGAGAACGGUGGUGGGGACUCGGGGGACUCCUCUGAGGAAGAUUCCCACCGCGUGGCUCUGCGGCCCCGGGGCAAGGAGCGCCAGAAGGGUGCCCAUCACCCUCACCAGCCAGGAGUAGGGGACGUGGUGCUGCUGCAGCGGGAACUGGCCCAGGAGGACAGCCUCAACAAGCUCGCUCUUCAGUAUGGCUGCAAAGUUGCAGAUAUCAAGAAAGUCAACAACUUCAUCAGAGAACAAGACUUAUACGCUUUGAAAUCUAUUAAGAUUCCAGUGAAAAAUCAUGGGAUCCUAACAGAGACCCACAAAGAACUCAGACCCCUCCUGAGCCCAUCCUCAGAGACCAGAGUGACCUUUGAGGAGCAGCCAGACCCAGAUAGAGCAGCUGUAGGCACCGGUGCCCUGUCCAGCCCACUGACGGAUUUCUUUAAGGGCAUUGACCAGAAUAUUGAGCGCGCAGUGCAGUCAGAAAUCUUUUUAAAUGAAAGUUACUGUGUAGAGACCUCCAAUCAGCUGCUGCUCCCGGCUUCUCCGAAGACCCCGACAAAUGGUGCAGACUGUGGAAUUCAGUGGUGGAAUGCCGUUUUUAUCAUGCUUCUAAUUGGGAUUGUUUUACCAGUGUUUUAUUUGGUCUAUUUUAAAAUCCAAGCUACUGGCGAGAUCCCCAGUAGCUUGAACACAACUGCUGUCCCCAAUGGCUCAGUGACCGUGAGUGCAGUUCCAGGGCACGUCCCCAGAUUAGCAGUUCCAGUGCCAACCAUCCCCUCUUCAGACAGCCAAUUCAGUCCAACCACCCGGGCAGGGAACUAGCUCUUUUUGUUUCUAAAGAAUCAGGCCAGUGUUAGCAUUUGGCCUCCUAAUGUGCAUUACUUGCCAUUGGCCAUAUCUUAGGGUGCUGCAUUUCCUUUUCUAUGACAUAUGGACAUGUCUCAGAAGCCAAUGUUGUGUUCUCCAGAACACUCACCCUGGGGAAUAGGCUCACCUAAUCCAAGGCUGUGGGAGCCAAAACACCAGCACCCUCAGCCCCCUGCAUCCAGAAGGUACAGCAAGGGAGACAUUUGCACGUGAUACAUGCCGUUUCUUGAAGGUAUAGCGUGGACUGACACUGCGUG